AACCUUGGGUUGCUGGUGGUGGUGGUGCACGUGGAGGAGCGGCUUGCGAGUGGGUGCUGAGAACAGCAGCUGCGUUGAGGGCCUCCCUCUGCCACCCACGUAGACCUCGGUGACCCCGCUUCUUCCUGUGGACGUGGGGCGGGCCUGCGUGCUGCGUUAUGGACACCCCCCCGCUGUCAGGAUCGGACUCAGAUUCUGAGGAUUCCCUAGUCACAGACAGAGAAUUGCAGGAUGCAUUUUCCCGUGGACUCCUGAAGCCAGGCCUCAAUGUCGUACUAGAGGGGCGGAAGAAGGCCGUGAACGACGUGAGUGGCCUGAAGCAGUGUUUGGCUGAAUUCAAGCGGGAUCUAGAAUGGGUUGAAAGGCUUGAUGUGACCCUGGGUCCAGUGCCGGAAAUCAGUGAACCUCAACCAACACCUCAGAACAAGGACCAGAAGAAACCUGUUAACCCAGAAGACGAUUUCCUGAGGGAGAUGAGUUUCUAUCGCCAGGCCCAGGCUGCAGUGCUUGCAGUAUUACCCCGGCUCCAUCAGCUCCAAGUCCCUACCAAGCGGCCCACUGAUUAUUUUGCAGAAAUGGCGAAGUCUGAUCAGCAGAUGCAAAAGAUUCGUCAGAAACUGCAGACUAAGCAGGCUGCCAUGGAGAGGUCUGAAAAGGCUAAGCAAUUGCGAGCGCUUAGGAAAUAUGGAAAGAAGGUACAAACACAGGUUCUUCAGAAGAGGCAGCAGGAGAAAGCACAUAUGAUGAAUGCCAUCAAAAAAUAUCAGAAAGGCUUCUCUGAUAAACUGGAUUUCCUUGAGGGAGAUCAGAAACCUGUCACACAGGGUACAAAGGCAGGAACCAAAGGCCAGCAGAUGAAGAAGGGGCCUAGUGCUAAACGACGAUAUAAAAACCAGAAGUUUGGUUUUGGUGGAAAGAAGAAAGGCACCAAAUGGAACACUCGUGAAAGUUAUGAUGAUGUAUCCAGCUUCCGGGCCAAGGUAGCUCAUGGCAAGGCAUCAGGAGGCCUGGGAAGAAAGGAUCGAAUGUAAGUGAGCCAAGGCCUAGUUCAGGGCAGGGUCAGCCCCUUCUCACCCCAUACUCCCUCUUCUCUUCUUUGUGCUUUUUCACC